UGACAUCAGCCCUGGGCCAGGGGCACUGUGGGUGCUGUGGGCACAACGCUGGAGGUGACCCCUCGCUCCUGGCACUGCCCCGUGCGCUGCCACCGAUGGCUUGGCUGUGGCUCCUGGUCCUGCUGGCCCUGGCCGGGCCCGUGGGUGGCACCUGGGACACCUGCGGAGGGACCUGCGGGCUCCGGCCCAUGGCUGCCGACCACAACUCCCUGCUGCCCGACUACGGCCCCGCGGCCUUGGCCGACGGCACCUCUCGCCUCACGGGGGGCACCGGGGUCCAGCCGGGGGCCUGGCCUGGCAUCGCCAGCAUCCAGGCCACCUGGAAGAACGGCACGUGGCACAUGUGCUCGGGUGUCCUCCUCAGCUCCCAGUGGGUCCUCACGGUCGCCCACUGCUUCUUUGGGGCCGGAGACUUCUACCGGUGGGAUGUGGUGAUCGGGGCCAUGGAUCUGACUCAGCCGGGCCCCGAGGCCGAGGUGAGGCACAUCCAGAGGCUCCUGCUGCACCAGCACUAUGUGGCUGCCACGGCAAGGAAUGACAUUGCCCUGCUGGAGCUGGACCAGCCCGUGCAGUGCAGUGACUACAUCCAGCUGGGCUGUGUGCCCGAUGCCUCACUGAGGGUCUCGGAGCUCAAAUCCUGCUACAUCGCCGGAU